AUGUCGAAGUAUCCAGACAACCAGAAAAAUCUCAAAAAAGGGCUAGCUGAACACAAUUUAACAUCUGAUACACCACUCACAUCAGAUGUACUCGAUUCAUUAGUCUAUGUUGAAUGUGUGGUAAGAGAAGUUCUUCGUUUUGCACCAAUUACUGUGGCUGUCACACGUCAAGCUACAUGUGACACUACAAUAGAUGGUAUUGAAAUUAAAAAGGGUGAUAAUAUUAUAAUUGCUCUUUCGAAUCUACAUCGAGAUCCUCCUUAUUGGAAAGUCGAUCCAUCACAAUUUAUACCAGAACGUUUUCUUAAUGAAGAUAAAAAUCCACCUCAUUGCGCCUUUUUGACAUUUGGUGCAGGUCAUCGUGCUUGUGCUGGUCAAGAUCUUGCUUUUCUGGAAUUAAGAACAAUUGUUACACGCUUAAUGCAGCGUAUAACAUUCUUAGAUCCAGGUACAGAAGCAGACAAUUCGGGUGGGUUCAUUCAACGCAUCACAUGUUUUCCAAAACAUUUUGCUGUACGCGUUAUUAUAGAUUAA